UCCCACAGUCACGUGCCCCUUAUUUUCGCGGUAACGACCUCCGGGAGGGAGGGGUUGCUUUUCUGGGCGUUGCCGGUUCGAGUCCCGCCUUCGCCAACUGGACUCGUGAGGCUCUCCCAAACUCCAUCACUAAGGGCGAUGUUCUAUUCUAUACGGCAUCACAGAGCGUUCCUGAAACCGGGAGACAACGGCUUUCGCUCCAGUGUCUUCCUUUCCUCCACCCACAGCGGCCACGAUGCCCGAGGCAGAAUAUGUGCUGUGCAAACACAGGAGGCGAUGGUGGCCGGCAAAGGUUGUAUCCGGAAGCCGAACUUCCCAGGGACGGUCGAUUUCAAAAGCCCAGGUUGUCUCCAUGCGUGUUGAGAUCAUGUGCCUGAAUGAACAGGCUAAUGUACGUCGCGCUGAUGUCAAACCCCUGACGGAGGAGAACAUUGAAGAAAUUGCCUCAAAGUUAGAUCAGGGCAGGAAGCGCUGCACCCCCACGAAGGAGCUGAUCUUUCGCCGGGCUCUAAGGGAGGCCCUGGAUAUUUUGCACCGGGCAAUGCCCUCCCCAGCAGGCACCCCUUCAAAGGAGAGGCAAGCGGAGCUCUCAAACCGGAGGGACACACCGGCCACAGCGACAGGGCGGAAGGUUUCCUCCUGCAGAGACCCUCCCAAAGAGGAAGGUGGGGCCUCCAGACCACCGCAGGCCACCUUGCCCCUCGGAGGGGAGCGUCGUUCAACGAGAACAACCUGGGCUUCUCCUGUCAGCAAAAGUCCUGCGUUCGAGUCACAAGGCCUUUCGGACGGCUGGCCAUGGGGUGGGGUUUCCGAAGCAAAGUCGUCCACCGCUCUUCUGGAAGAGAGGCAACCGUCGCCUGAAUUUGGCUCAGAGAGAGGAUUGCAGUCUUCCCCCAAAGAGGAUAGCCAAGUUAAAGGCGAUUCUGGGAGGAAGCAGGGCCGCCCCUCGCUGGCCACGAAACGUCCCGCUCAGACAAGCACCCCGGUGCCGUCCUCACGCCAGUCCUGCUCCCGACCGCUUUCGGCAGGCAAAAAGUCGGGUGCAAGGCUUGGGCUGCGAGGGAAACCCUCGGCGUCUGCUCCCAAAUGGGCUGCGGUGGAGCUGGCUGGCAGAUUCCCAGAGGAAGGAGCCUCUCCCGCUGGGAAAGGCACCGCCGUUCCCAAUGGCCGGAAGUCUCCUGGGGGCUCAGGCGGCGCUCACCAGGAACGCAACAGUGUGGGGGCCUCUUCUUCCCGGAAAAGGCGGCGCAGGCUUUGCCUGGAGGACUCGGAUCUGGAACCGAAUCCUGAAGUGGCAGUUUUGGAACCCAAGAGAGAGGAAGAGAAGAGCCUGUUGGCGGAAUACGAGCCGGUGGACACCUCCGAAGAGGAGAAAGGCUGGGAGUCUACCUCUGACCUUUCCUUGAGACUCAGUCCCAUCAGAGAAUGCUCGCUCAGCCCAGCUUUCUUGGAGGACGAUGAAGAGGAUGAAUUGCCGAGCCUUCUGCCACCUCAAGAACCUGGUUCGAUUGAAGCAGGGAAGCUGGUUUGGUGCAAGCUCCCAAGAUACCCAUAUUGGCCAGCAGUGGUAAAACCAGAUUUUACUUCUUGCUUUUUAUUCUUUUGGGAAGACUAUGAACUCCCUUGAGAGAGUUUUGUAGUGGCAAAGUGGGAUGUCCGUGUAGUCAAUAAAUAAGAAGAGGGCUGGAGUUUACUGGGGUUUGGUUUGGUGUUUAUUAAAUAUUUUCUCUGCGUCUGGAGGGUCUCCUCUCCUGCACAUUGUCUUGUGAAGGGAUCAGGGCAGGCAUUUAAACCCUCUCUCUUUGUAUAAUUGCUGGUUUUUGAACAAAUUGAAAAAGGCCAUUUAGGACCUGAAGGUUUAGAUUUAGAAGCGUGGUAGGUCAGGAAAAGCAGGGCCUAAAUUUCCA